CUGCUUGCAUAACAAAUUGCGGGUUCGCAAGUCGCAAGUCGCAAGGAACACGCAAAAUUUCUAUAUGAUAUUCUAUAUACGCGAAUACGUACGUGAACCACGCCUGUAGGGUGUAAACAGAUAGCAUUUGCGGCGUCCGCGUCUGCGGGCUAUGGCCGAUCGCAGGCGCAACUAUGCUGAAGUGGCUUGCGGCCUAUGUGGCUCCGUCUGUCUGAGCAAUGCAAUGUAGCUAUUCAUACGCACAAGCUCACUCACGCCUCAUCUAGUUCUUAUCAGUAUUUGCUUAUUGUAUCUCAUCAAGUUCUUAACAGUAUUUGCUUAUGGGCCUUCUGGUUGGGUUCCGAGGACUUUCGCCAAUUGGGGAGUCUAAUGGCAAAUUCCCCUGUGGUUGCGGGUUCUGAGCCUGCCCUUGCAUUUGCUUUUGGCUGUCUAGGUGACUUGCGUUGUCUGGUCUGGGUGGGAGUCUUGUUUGCCCUCAUCGUAUCAGGUGCAGUGCACGGCCUGCUGGCCCGCUGGCUGUACUCUUU